UACCCUCACCCUAGAUACAGGCUGGCGCGCACACACCGGCAGACUCACUCAGCUUCCGCAUAGCUCUCCCUUCUACAUCUCUGUGUCUCCAUCCCUCCCUGCGCUCCCUCCGCCCGGUGGAUUUUAGCCCCGCUGCUGUGUUGAACACCGCCAAGAUGUCAGACAAGCCUGACCUGACCGAGAUCGCCCGUUUCGACAAGGCGAAGCUGAAGAAGACGGAGACAAAAGAGAAAAACCCUCUGCCCACCAAAGAGACCAUCGAGCAAGAGAGGAAAGGCGACGCCACACCCUGACUUCUGAGCACAAGAAGAAAAAGACGCUGAGAUGCCACAGCAAAAAGCACUUUCUUUUGAUUAUCACAGUAAUUCAAUCUCUUUCUUUGUCCUUGGAUAAGGGAGCUCCUGAGCUACCUUGGGGGUCGCCGUAAGGGUACAUGGCAUCCUCACAUGGGGGGGAGGGGGUGGGGGUGGGGAGCUCUCUUACCACUAUGGGUGGAAAACCAAACUUUAGCCUGGGUGCCUGUCUCGCACUGUUAGCCCACAGCUAACAUGUCUCCAAUAUUGCCAAACUAGGGAGUGGUGUAGUGAUGUAGCACGGAGGGAUAGACAGGCAUCCAGGCUCUAGGGGAGAAGGGGGAGGGGUGACUACAGUUGUGGGCGCACUCAGUCUAAUCAUGUGGGAUGUUUUCUUAAUAAACUUUUUACUUUUCUUCAUGAAAUAAAUAUGAAGACAUGGAA